AUGGCCUUCAAAUCCGUCAAUGAUACCGCCGGACCUGACGGUCUAGUGCCCACACUACUAGUCUUUGAGGUCACAGUUGAGCUAGACAACGGGCCAGCUAAAUUUCGCAGCACGGCUGUCCAGCCCUACUUUCGCCACCCGGAUUCGCAGCAGCAACGAAGUCACGAUGUUCUACAGCAGCCACACGCUGACAAUCAGACUGCUGACAAUCAGGCUGAUAGCAUCAACGUUGAGACCGAAGUGCCUAAGCCAUUCGAAUAUCCCGAGCCGGAGAGACCACGCAGACGCGGCAGACCAAGAAAAGUCCCUCGAGAUCAGCAGCAAUACGAUACCUUCGAGUGCGCCGCCCUCGACCUUGCCGUAAAGUUACGUGCAGAGAAGAAAAUCACUACCGCCGGACGACCGUUUGAAGCCUCUGAUGACCUCGAAAUCACGAACCUGCUAGGCGCAGGCGUCAUCGUGCCCGAACGAUACGAUAUGAAUAAGCAUGGAAAACACAGGCUAUUCAAGUCACGAAUGGUCCGGGAGGUCAAAGGAUAUGGUGACGACGAGAAGCAGAUCAACGUCACGACCGCAGAGACCAACGCGGAUACCGCACUUCAGGUUAAUGCCUUCGGCGUUGCCGCGCUUCAGACUGAUGAUACGUUAUUGCCAAAGAAGACCCUACGAGAAGGCGAUACCUGUGAUUUCAACGGCAGCCUCAUUGCUCUAGAGAAGGGCUAUCUUCUAGUCAUGCAGAAAGGUCAGGUCAACAACCUCAAAAUUAUCGAUCUAUCCACGGAAGAUCGGGCCCAACGAUACGUGGAACAACGUGCCCAUCCAACCGCGGAGGAUUUUCAGGCGUUGAAUAAACGGAUCCAAUGGCAGAUCGACAAUCCACAAAGAGGCCUUCGAUUCGUCCCAAUAGGUCUAGAAGCAGCAAAGGUCUUCGUCUUCACAGACGGAUCAUUCGCCAACAACAAGGACUUAAGCUCUCAGAUCGGAUUCGUUAUAAUCAUUGCAACUGAGACUAACUCGACGAAGUGCAAGAGAGUCACCCGCAGCGUCUUGGCUUCUGAGAUAUAUGAAUUAGCUUCAGGCUUCGAUUUGGCAUAUGUGAUCACAGAGACGAUCAACCAGAUCACAAACCGCCUUGGAUUGCCGCAAAUCCCGCUCGUGGUGUCGUACGAACAGAGAGACAUCACAAGCAUCCGUUGGAUCAAUGGUGCGGACAACCCGGCUGAUGCAAUGACGAAGCUAUCUCCGAACGGAGCCUUGACCCGAUUCGUCAACGACAACGAGAUCACGAUCCGGCUUGAAGGUUGGGUUCAAAGGAAGGAAGAUAUGACGAUUGAAGAGGCGAUUAACGAUUGA